AUGGCCGGCCCGCGCGCAGGCAAGAGGUCACAGGCCAACGGCUCUGGCGAUGGAGACACGUCCAACAACAAGCAGUCUCUCAUGGAGGCGUCCGACAAGGAGCUCUACGGCAACGGCGUCGACAAAUUUGCGGGCUACAAUUCUUCCAUUGCCGUCCAGGACCAGGAUGACGACAUGGAAGGCGUAGAGCUUAACGGCCGUCGGCUCACCGGCCAGUACACAGCUUCCAAGGAGAUACUCAACGAGUACGCGCAUGGCGACACGGCUGAGGCGGACAUUCUCGACAGCCGCGAGAAGCAGGCCCAGAUUGCAUCGCGCGAGACCGACUACCAGCGCCGACGAUUCGAUCGCGCACUAUCGCCCGACCGUGCAGACCCGUUUGCAAAGGAUGGACAAGAGGGCGGACUCUCCUACAAGGAGAUCAUGAAGGAGCGGGACUUCGAGCGCGAGGAGGCGCGUGUGCGCCAGCUAAUCGACCAAAAGGAGCGAUCAGGUGGCAACGAAGUGCUCGACCACAAGCCGACCCUCAAGGACGGCGCGGAUGCCACACCGGUCAAUGGCGACAAAACCCCUCCGAUGGAGCCAAAGAAGCGCAAGAGGCGCAGGUGGGACGAGAGCGCGGCAGAGGGUGCGCCAGCUGUCAAGGAGGAGGCCAAGGAAGAAGUCAAGGAAGCACCGGAGCCUACUAAGAAGCGCUCGCGAUGGUCACCCGCGCCAGUGUCACCCGCGCCAGAGCAGAAGGCCCCCGAAGCCGCAGCUCCCGCGCGAUCACGAUGGGACACAGCUGCGGUGGCUCCCUCGGGCGGAGCGACACCAGCUCCCACCACCAAUGGCUCCCGACCAGGCAAUAUGCCCCCAGUUGCUUUCGGUACAGACAUCUCCAACAGAAAUGCGCCCCUGUCGGAUGAGCAGCUCGACCUGCUACUGCCUGGCGAGAAGGACGGUUACAAAGUGCUCGAAGCUCCUCCGGGCUACGAGCCAGUGCGACGACCAGUCGGCAUGCCUGCACUCCCUACAGGCUACCAAGGCUUCUUGAUCCCCGAAGCCGACAACAGCCUGGCUGCCAUGGGCAAGCAGUUGCCAACCGAGAUCCCCGGCGUGGGCGACCUACAGUUCUUCAAGACCGAGGACAUGAAGUACUUCGGCAAGCUCACAGAUGGUGCGGACGAGAACGACAUGAGCGUUGAGGAACUCAAGGAGCGCAAGAUCAUGCGCCUUCUGCUCAAAGUCAAGAACGGAACGCCGCCCAUGCGAAAGACAGCUCUUCGACAGCUUACGGACAAUGCUCGCCAGUUUGGUGCCGGCGCUCUCUUCAACCAGAUUCUUCCCUUGUUGAUGGAGCGUAGCCUCGAGGACCAGGAGCGACAUUUGCUCGUCAAAGUCAUCGAUCGUGUUCUCUACAAGCUAGACGACCUCGUUCGACCGUACGUUCAUAAGAUCUUGGUCGUCAUCGAGCCCCUCCUUAUCGACCAAGACUACUACGCUCGUGUAGAAGGUCGCGAAAUUAUCUCCAACCUUGCCAAAGCAGCCGGUCUAGCACACAUGAUCAGCACCAUGCGACCAGAUCUCGAUCACCAGGACGAAUACGUACGGAACACUACGGCACGAGCCUUCGCAGUCGUCGCGUCUGCACUCGGUAUACCAGCACUCCUUCCUUUCCUUCGAGCUGUUUGUCGAUCAAAGAAGUCAUGGAAUGCUCGUCACACCGGUGUCAAGAUUGUCCAGCAGAUUCCUAUCUUGAUGGGAUGCGCCAUUCUACCACAUUUGAAGGGUCUCGUCGAAUGCAUUGGCGAGAACCUCAACGACGAACAGCCAAAGGUCCGCAUGGUUACCGCGCUUGCGCUUGCCGCACUCGCAGAAGCUGCAAGCCCUUACGGUAUCGAGUCUUUCGAUGACAUCCUCAACCCGCUUUGGACUGGAGCCCGACGCCAACGUGGUAAGGCUCUCGCCGCGUUCUUGAAGGCGGUCGGCUAUGUCAUCCCCCUCAUGGACGAGGAAUACUCAAACUACUACACGAGCCAGGUCAUGGAGAUUGUUAUUCGAGAGUUUCAAUCCCCAGAUGAAGAAAUGAAGAAGGUUGUGCUGAAGGUAGUCUCGCAGUGCUCGAACACAGCAGGUGUAACUCCUGUCUACCUGAAGGACAAUGUCCUGCCAGAGUUCUUCAAGCACUUUUGGGUACGACGAAUGGCUCUUGACAAGCGGCAAUACCGCCAGGUUGUUGACACGACAGUCGAUCUUGCGCAGAAGGCCGGUGUCUCUGAGAUCGUUGGCCGCAUUGUUAACAACAUGAAAGACGAAAACGAGGCAUACCGUAAGAUGACCGUUGAGACCAUCGACAAAGUCAUCAGCACACUCGGCGCUCACGAUGUCGAUCAGCGUCUCGAAGAGCAACUCAUUGAUGGUGUUCUCGUCGCUUUCCAGGACCAAACUAUCGAAGAUCCGAUCGUCAUUGAUGGUUUCGCUACUGUCGUCAACGCACUCGGCGAACGCACCAAGACCUACCUCCCACAGAUUGUGGCCACUGUGCUUGCGCGCUUGAACAACAAGUCUGCCACAGUUCGCCAGCAAGCAGCAGAUCUCAUCUCGAGAAUCACCUUUGUCAUGCAGAAGUGCGACGAGGACCCGCAGCUGAUCAAGCUUGCACAGGCACUGUACGAGUACCUGGGUGAAGAGUAUCCUGAGGUGCUCGGAUCCAUCUUGGGUGCUCUUCGUGCCAUUGUCACAGUCGUUGGUCUCCAUGCCAUGCAGCCGCCUAUCAAGGAUCUGCUGCCCAGGCUCACACCCAUUCUUCGUAACCGACAUGAGAAGGUACAGGAAAACACUAUCGACUUGGUUGGACGUAUCGCUGAUCGUGGUGCCAACUACGUCAACCCCCGAGAGUGGAUGCGAAUUUGCUUCGAACUACUUGACAUGCUCAAGGCACACAAGAAGGGCAUUCGACGUGCUGCCAACAACACUUUUGGUUACAUCGCCAAAGCCAUUGGUCCUCAGGAUGUCCUGGCAACUCUUCUCGGUAACCUUCGCGUCCAAGAACGUCAGUCCCGUGUCUGCACUGCUGUUGCCAUUGGUAUCGUCGCUGAAACCUGUGCGCCAUUUACUGUCCUCCCAGCACUGAUGAACGAGUACCGUGUACCGGAGCUCAACGUCCAGAACGGUGUGCUCAAGUCACUGUCCUUCAUGUUUGAGUACAUUGGCGAGAUGGCAAAGGAUUAUGUCUAUGCUAUCACUCCACUUCUCGAGGACGCCCUCAUCGAUCGAGACCAGGUCCAUCGUCAGACUGCCGCUUCAGUCGUCAAGCACGUUGCCCUUGGCUGUGUUGGUCUCGACUGCGAGGAUGCCAUGAUCCAUCUGCUGAACCUGUUGUGGCCAAAUUUGUUCGAGACCAGCCCGCACGUCAUCGACCGAAUCGUCGAGGCCAUCGAAGGUGUCCGCAACGCCGUCGGUACCCCGCUGGUUCUCAACUACCUCUGGGCCGGUCUGUUCCAUCCCGCUCGCAAGGUCCGACAGCCGUACUGGCGCAUCUACAACGAUGCCUACGUCCAGUCCGCCGACUCGAUGACUCCCGCAUACCCGAUGUUCGAGGAGGAGAACCUGAGGAGGCAUGAACUGGAUAUAUUCAUCUAA